AGUAUCCGAAAAUGCCAGUCGCCAUCAUCACCGGAGCAAGUUCGGGAAUCGGAAAAGGCACGGCUCUUCUGUUCGCGAAAAAAAAGUACCAACUCUCGCUGACCGGAAGAAAUACGGAUUCUUUGAAGGAAGUCGCAGCACUAUGUAUUUCAGAGGGUGCAAUUUCGGCUGAUGAUAUUCUGAUAACUGCAGUGGAGCUGAGCUCUGAUGAGGCGCCCAAAGCAAUUGUGGAUGCAACUGUACAAAAAUUCGGAAGAAUUGACUCAUUGAUCAAUUCGGCCGGGAUUCUGCGUGCCGGACCAGUUCUCGAUUCUGGAAUUGAAGUCUACGAUGAGCUAAUGAAUGUGAAUGUUCGUAGUUUGAUCCGCCUGACACGUGCAGCUCUUCCACAUAUUAUUACAACAAAAGGAACUGUUGUCAAUGUCAGCAGUAUUAAUGGACCGUGCCCUUUCGCUGGGGUCACAUAUUACUGUAUGUCCAAAUCGGCCGUAGAUCAAUUCACAAAAUGUUUGGCUCUGGAAAUGGCUCCGAAUGGAGUUCGUGUUAAUGCUGUUUGCCCAGGAGUCAUUGUAACCAACAUUCAUCGAGCAUCUGGGCAGGAUGAAGCUACAUAUGCGGCAUUCCUCGAGAAAAGCAAGACGACCCACGCACUCGGCCGUCCUGGAACUACAUCCGAAGUAGCUGAAGCUAUCCUAUUCCUGUCCUCUGAGAAGAGCUCAUUCACUACUGGACAACUGUUGAAGGUUGAUGGUGGUCGAGGAAUUAUGCAUCCGAGAUAAAGAAUAUAUGAUUUAUUGUUUUGAAAAUUGAGAAUGAAGUAAAUUUGUACCAAGC